AUUGACGACCGAGUCGGCGGCGGAUGUUCCAGUUGACAAAGAGCUAAGCCGGAAAGAGCAGGCAGUAAGUUCGGGGACAAUCAAACGCAAGCAUCACGUUCACUUUCCUCCACUUCCAGUCUUCCAUUGAAUCAGCUUUUGACUUGGUCCUUCUCCCCACCGACCGCUACACACCCAGUUCUGGGAGUUGCAUAUCGCUCCUAUCUUAUCGGAUCUUGUAUUUUUCCAGCAAUUUCCUACCCGCAGCUCACUUGACCAACCCGGCGGGAAAGCUAUCGGUGCCCGCUCGAGCUUUCACUUUGCGACCCAGUGGUGUAAACGGACUCGAACGGACAAUCGGAAUUCACACACCCUAUUCAACAUGGCGACAGAAGAACACAAGAUUGAAGAUGAGCACCUGGAGCAGCCUGAGGAAGCAGGUGACGAUGAGGAGGAAAUUGCGGCGAUGAAGAAGCGGGUAGCCGAGAUGGAAUCUGAAGCGGCCAAGCUGCGCGAGAUGCAAGCCACGCUCGAUCAGCAGUCGGAGAGCCUACGUGAGGACAAAGAAGAGAUUGAUGCCCGGAGUAUCUUCGUUGGCAAUGUGGAUUACGGUGCUUCUCCCGAGGAAAUCCAAGCACACUUUCAGAGCUGUGGCUCGAUAAAUCGGGUCACCAUCCUGUUGGAUAAGUUCACUGGGCAGCCCAAGGGAUAUGCCUAUGUUGAAUUUGCAGAGCCCAGUCUGGUAGCCCAGGCCCUUGUACUGAACGAGAGUGUCUUCCGCGGCCGGAACCUGAAGGUCGUUCCCAAGCGUACCAACUUGCCGGGUAUGACCCGAGGACGCGGACGGGGUGGCUUCCGUGGCGGUCGGGGCUACCGCGGAGGUUUCGCGCCUCGCGGCGGUUAUCGCGGCGGUUAUCGUGGCCGGGGUCGGGGCUAUGCGCCUUACUAGAGAAACGUCAAGCCCCAGUUCAGUGUAUACGGGGUGGCAUUCGUCUGCGCAAGGAACAGAGGUCAUCGCACGAAGCCCCAGCGCUACCAAGACGUCCGGGUUGACCAUGAUGGUCGUGGUCGCUCUGAUGCACGUGUGCGCGUCUCUGAAUAAAGCGAGAAACUUCUUUAUUUUCUAAUUGUCUUUGGAGUCAACCUACUGGAAUGGACUUUUGUAUGAUAACCUUUCUGGCAAUCUCGGACUGGGUCAGAUGGGCGGAACCACUGUGAUAUCAUCUAGCUACAGAGAAUUGCUUUACGAGCAGGAAUUGCCUGCUAAACCCCUCCUCCAAAGGACCAGGACGGUCAUGAAACUACGCUUCUCAAAGAAAAGAACACCGCAAUAGGAAUCUGCACCUGAAAACUAGUCUUCUUGACAGCUUCUUCAUCGAAGAAAUCCAUAAUUGUCACCGGGUCCCGAUCUGUUAUGGUCUCGGUCCG